GAGAUAGAGAUAGAGAGAUAUAGUGUAAUAAAAAGUUGAUUGACAUUCACUUUGCUGUGCGGCCGGCAAAUGCGAUAACGAUUAUAAGCUUGAGGCAUACUUGUUUUUCUCUGUUCUCUGUUCUAUGUUUUACAAUAAGUGUUAUUAGUGAGUUGCACUCGUUGCAAACCAAAUUGACAGAGAGAGGGCGAAUUAAAGCACAUACAUUAAAUCUUUUCUGAUAACGCGACUAAAUUCUAUUGUAUAAAAAAUGUGAUAACAGCGAUUGCGCAACGGAUUUGUAACCAGUACACUCAAGAUUAAUAGCUGAGUAACGGUGUUCGCAAUUAACUGUUAUCAGUUACGCAGCGACAAGCGCAUCGUGCACAACACGUUUGUUUUUCUACGGUUCCUUCAGAGUGUCGGUUUGUGCUGGGCAGCGAAUGUGAGCAACAUCCAUUCUUCAUCAUUCAAGUGACAAUUGGAAAAUGUUUGCCCUACGCCGCACCCUCAAAAUGGCCAGCCAGCCACAGACUUUGUUUCUGCGCGCCCCGUUCAAAUCAAAUUUCGGUGUUUGUGCAGCGAUGGCCCAAAAGAUACGCGCUGGACCCGUUGUCGAUGUGCUCGGAGAUGAGAUGACUCGCAUCAUCUGGCAAUCGAUCAAGGAUAAGUUGAUCUUGCCCUUCCUGGACAUCGAGCUGCACACAUUCGAUCUGGGUAUCGAGCAUCGCGACAAGACCGAGGACCAGGUGACCAUCGACUGUUCCGAGGCUAUUAAGAAGUACAGUGUGGGCAUCAAGUGUGCCACGAUUACACCCGAUGAGAAGCGUGUGGAGGAGUUCAAGCUGAAGAAGAUGUGGAAGUCACCGAACGGCACCAUUCGCAACAUACUCGGCGGCACCGUCUUCCGUGAGGCAAUCAUUUGCAAGAAUGUGCCCCGGCUUGUGACCGGCUGGGAGAAACCGAUCGUCAUUGGACGUCACGCCAAUGCCGAUCAAUACAAGGCUGUCGAUUAUGUGGUACCCGGUCCCGGCAAGCUGACGCUCACCUGGAAGGGCAACAAUGGUGAGGUCAUCGAGGAGGUGAUCAAUGACUUCAAGGGUCCCGGUAUCGCCCUCGGCAUGUACAACACGGAUGAUUCCAUUGUGGACUUUGCCCACGCAUCCUUCAAGUAUGCUCUGGAGCGUAAGAUGCCCCUGUACAUGAGCACCAAGAAUACGAUUCUCAAGCGUUACGAUGGUCGCUUCAAGGACAUCUUUGAGGAUAUCUACGGCAAGGAGUACAAGAAGCAGUAUGAGGCCGCUGGCAUUUGGUAUGAGCAUCGUCUGAUCGAUGAUAUGGUCGCCUAUUGCAUGAAAUCCGAGGGUGGCUUUGUCUGGGCCUGCAAGAACUACGAUGGCGAUGUGCAAUCUGAUUCCGUUGCCCAGGGAUACGGCUCAUUGGGCCUGAUGACCUCCGUGCUCCUUUGCCCCGAUGGCAAGACCGUUGAGGCUGAGGCUGCUCACGGCACUGUGACGCGUCACUAUCGUCAAUAUCAGCUGGGCAAGGAGACGUCGACCAAUCCGAUUGCCUCGAUCUUUGCCUGGACCCGCGGUCUGCUCCAUCGCGCCAAGCUGGACAACAAUGAGCCUCUGAAGCAGUUCGCCGAGACGCUCGAACAGGUGUGCAUCGAUACCAUCGAGGGUGGUGCCAUGACCAAGGAUCUGGCCAUUUGCAUCAAGGGCAGCAUGGCUGCCGUCGAGCGCAAGGACUAUCAGGAGACCUUCGAGUUCAUGGACACACUGGCCAAGAACCUGCAAACCGCUCUCGCCAGGUCCUCGCAUAUUUAAGUACCCGAUUUGUCUUGUCCUUUAUAUAUAUGUAUAUGUGUAAAUGUGACGUGUGUGCAUCGUGUACAUCUGAAAGAAGCUCAUACUCUUUUGGUUCGUUUCUAUUCGUUUCCAUGUUCAUUGUCUCUGCGAGACCCCAUUCAUCACAGCGUCUUGAAAUGUGUUUACCACCCCCCAAUCCCUCGUCAAAUUUUAAACAGAAAUUUUUUUAAAUAAACAUAUUUUUGUACCGCCAAAA